UGUCGAGAGGACUAAUGUCCCCUGAAUUUCUCUGCUUCCGGGAAGUAGCUGUGUAAAACGUUACUUUCGAAUGUAGGCGGCUCGUGACCGUUGGGCAGCGUUGGACGGAGGUCGUAACAGGCGAAGGAAGAGCUCGGCGACCACGACGCCCGCAGAACGGCCAACGUCUCGCGCUGUCGAGGCUACGAAACUCCGCGACGGUGGUGGUGAUGGCGAGGACAAAAGCAAACAGAAAGCGUACUUCAGACGCGCCGUGACGACCGCGUUCGAGGAGAUAUUCAAGAACAAAUGCGGUGGCCAGAGGGAGGUCAUCGAUUCGACGGCAGAUGUGACAGUCAGGAACAGAAGAAGCCACAACGAUCGAAGACGCCUUAGCAGCGGUUUUGUCAAAGAGCGUAAGGACGAAAGGGUGCCAGAGGUUACGGUUGUCCCGUCUUCUACCGGCAGGCCGGCGAAUGUCGUCGUGGCCGCUGUCCACGACGAUCACAGCGAUGAACAUAACGACUAUAGGAGAUCCUCUUACCGAACGGCGAUCAAGAAGAGUAAGGACCAAUCGCAGGACCGUUCGAGCGCGUCGAACUAUAAAGAAGCGUCGAGUAACGAAACGACCACUCCUGCUGAUUCGUUUUACACGUUUUACAACAGUCGCGGAGGAGCAAAAUCCUAUUUUCGUCCACGCUAUAACAACGAGCUUUAUUGGUCAUAUUUGAACAAGCCGAUCAAUACGCACGUUUUGUAUCCGAUUGGAGAACGGUCAAGUUCGUUCCAUCAUGAUCCAGAAGGAGUCAGCGCAGAAACAGGCGACUCGUCAGCAGUGAAAAGCAACAACGCUCGUGUCAAUGCCAGAAAUCGCAAGGCGAAGUCUUGGUACGAGGCAGAUACAGGUGAAUUUCGAUCAGUGGUCGAAUCGGAUGUUAAGGCGGAUAGCGGUCGCGCUUGCGUGGGUGGUACCGGCGUCAAGAAUAGCCGUGACAGAGACCGAGUACUGUCUCAGAACCUGAACCAGUACAGAUAUCCGCGCUUCGACGACAACGUGACGUACAGGCGUUCGGUUUAUGACGUGGCUGACGAUGACAAAACGACCUCGAUGUCCGCUAGGACAUUUCGACCGUCGUCCGGCGCAGCGGGUCUAAUAGCGAAGCGGGCCCAGUCGGUCGAGCGUUACCUAAAUCAGAUUGGCAAGGGGGGCACCCACGAAGCGUCUCCCUUGGCAGAGGGGCGAAACGCGUACCGAGCGACCAGCAUGCCAGCCUACGUGUCCUCUGUCCACCACUUUCCUGACACGCUCACCGACUCGUACGCCUCUGCGACCAAUGACAACAAAAGCGGCAGCCCUAAGCCGGCGGCGACCAGGAACUCAAUCGCGCAGCCGACUGACAGGAAGACGUUCGACUACUCGCCGAGUGCCUCUAAGUACAGCAACAACGUCGGGUCGAUUGCGGGGCGUGCCGAAGACAGUUGGCAGAACAAGGACCAAGGAAAGCCGCUUACCCUGGUGGACAAGAUCCGGCGACGGAUUGUGCAGGAUCGCUACGUGCCUUCGUCCAGUGCGUACCACCAGCAGUCGUCGUCCGUUGCAGCCGUCGACGACUACCAACCGGACAGGGAGAAAUCGUAUCUGUUCGGCAAAUACUCCAAAUGGACACCGUCCAGCAGUGCCUAUCCGCCAGCGAACAUCAACGGCGGAGGCGACGAAAGUCCGUACCUGAAGCGAGCGAAUUCACCGAUUGGUAAAAUCAAGGGCUUCUUCUCGAACUGUACCACUUGGCGAAAUCCAGACGACAAGUCUUCUAGCAUCGUCAGCUUCCGCGGAGGAUCGGCAACGACGAAUUAUCAGCCGCCCCACGACAGCGCGUCCUACAGCGUCAACAACAAGUCUUCGUACAAAACUUUUUACCGCAAGGCCCCUCGACCUCUUUCGUAUGUGCCCCCCGUAAGACACCGGUAUGACGAAUCUACUCUUUACUAG